CAGUUUCCCCGACUUUCUUCCCAAGCAAAGUAAACGCCCUGGCCUAUAUCAAACGAGCCUGCCCGUCUUCGACAUCCAUCGUAGCAGCAGCAGCAGCAGCAACAGCCCCGUUCCAUCUUCUCCACAAGCUUCCAAUCGCGAUCGCGGCGAGCUCUGGGCGAUGGAAAACAAGGGACCAGCGGAAGUCACGGACGUGAGGAGGCCGGCGGAGGAGGAUGCGGCCUCUGGCGCCAGGUGCUUCCGGAGGACGGUGGGCGAGGACGCGACGUUGAUGGAGAGCGCCAAGGACCGGUUCCGGCAGUUCAAGGACGCGCCGGCGGCGGAGCACUGGGUCUGCCUCAAGAACAAGGUCCGCGCCGCCAGCGAGUACGCUGGUCUCAUGACCCGCCAGGGCGUCUCCAUGUUCGGCGAGCCCAAGAUCGGCUCCGUGUUCCAGCAAGGCUCACAGGAUCAUGCCAAGAAGACGUCGGCCGCCAAGUCAUAGACGACCAAUGCAAUGCAAAAAAAUCUGUUUUUUUUUUUUUUUUUGCCUCUAGUGCUAGGUGAUGAUUAGUUCAGGUUCUUUUUACACAUUGUUUGGUAGUUUAACUCUUCGUAAGUUGAGCAACUGACUGCGCAAAUUUGUUAAUGCAAUUUUAUUUG